ACAUUCAAGCAGUAGUAGAUUAGCGAGUACACACAAUUUAUUAGAUGUAAGCUUCACUCACUCACGUUAAAAGCAAAGCAAAGAAAAAAUAAACUUGAAAUAUUAUUAGGAAAACCCAAAAUAACAAAAAAUACAAAUUAAUUAAAACAUAUCAGUUUUUCGAAAAAGUUCAUCAUGAGUUGUUUACGUGACAAAACAAUUCUUCUGGUGCUGGUGAUGUUCGUUUCAUUUGCAGGAUUAUUGCAAUUAACAUAUGGACUCGUUAGUGAUGAAUAUUAUAACAGUGUUUAUAAUGCACAGACACAACGGCCACAAGAAGUGGGUAGAUUUCCACUUUUAAUGCCAAAUGUUCGUCCAAAAACUGAGGAACUAUAUCUAUGUACACCAGUUAAGAUUGAUUUUACCAAAAGCUAUCAUAUAGUGGGUUAUGAACCGAAUGCUACUAUGGAUACGGCUCAUCAUAUGCUUGUAUAUGGCUGCGGAGAGCCAGGUACUCGUCAUACAGUAUGGAACUGUGGUGAAAUGGCAACAUCCACUACAGAAGAAACUGCUAGUCCUUGCGAUGCGUCUUCUUCUUCGCAGAUUUUAUAUGCUUGGGCCAGAGAUGCACCGAAAUUGGAAUUACCCGAAGGUGUGGGCUUUAGAGUUGGUGGUAAUUCACCCAUAAAGUAUAUAGUUUUGCAAGUACACUACGCGAGCAUAAAAAAAUUUAAAGAUGGAAGCAGUGACGAUUCAGGAGUAUUUUUACAUUAUACUGAGAAACCUUUAAAUAAAUUGGCUGGUGUGCUACUGAUGGGAACAGCCGGCAUGAUACCACCUAUGUCAACUGAGCAUAUGGAAACCGCUUGUGAAAUUCGUGAAAAUAAGACGGUACAGCCAUUUGCAUAUCGAACACAUACGCACAAUUUGGGUAAAAUAGUGGCAGGGUAUAGAAUUCGUUCCGAUGUUAGAGGUGUGCAACACUGGACCCAACUUGGGAAACGUAAUCCUUUAACACCACAAAUGUUUUAUCCAGUAGAAAAUAAAGAUCCAAUUGUCCGUGGUGAUAUUAUAGCGGCUCGAUGUACAAUGAAAAGUAAUCGCACACGUAUAACAGAAGUUGGAGCCACCAAUAGGGAUGAAAUGUGCAAUUUCUAUUUAAUGUAUUAUGUGGAAAAUGAUGAACCACUGCAAAUGAAAUAUUGUUUCAGUCAAGGGCCCCCCAUUUACUAUUGGAAAAAUCCAGAUGCGGGUCUUAACAACAUACCACAUAUCGAUGCGAGUACAUUGUAAAUUGGUUACACGCGCGCACAGAGUUUAUGAAAUCAAUGUUUAUAAAAUAAACCAAUGGCUGUAAAUAAUAUUAAUUAUAUAGCAGUAGGAUAUGACGAAAACAUUUUUCACCUCUUUGUCUUCGUACGGAUCUAUAUCGGGUUCGUCGCAAUACGAAGUCAAAUGAGUUCUAGACUCUCUAUUCAUCGGCUGAUUUUCUGAUUUAUUUGGAACUCACUAACUCCAGACUACUCUCUCUCUCUCUCUCUCUCUCUCUCUCUCUAUUCUCAGCAUAUGAUAUUUUUAUAUUUAACAAGCAACAUGUUGCUUUUUUAAUUUAUCGGAGAUUCCAUGUUACUUUGAAUAUUUAUCAGAGUUUUCAUGUUUUAAGCGACCUAGUAGUUUUCGGCAUUAAAGAUAACUUUCGAAAUAUUUUUCCUGAUAUUUUAAAUUAAAAAAACAAAUCUUGAGAUAAUGUAACUGAAUAAGAGACACAACGUACAAAUAUCAAAUGUCAACUUUGAAAUUCCUACAAUUUAAAUUGGUUCUCGUGUUGUUUGUACCGGCACACAAACAGUUGGACCAAUACAAUCAGGGCUCAAAUGAGAUAAAGACAAAAAAAGAAAGGAAAACACAAAUUCACAUUCCGAAUAUCUCCCUAUCAACCUAUCUCUACAAAUAUAACCGUAAACAUAUAGCAAAUAUAUAUCAAUAUAUUCUAAUUCUAAUAUUUAAUAUU